CUCCGUGUGAAAGUCUUGUGAUGCUGCGGAAGUGUUUCUGAUUGUCACAGGGGACAGACAUCGACCGACAUCCUUAAGGUGAGAAAGCUUUUUGCAAACUCUGUGCUGCUGUGACGUGAUUGGCCAUGGAAUUGAAGAGUAGCCUGAGACGCACCCAGUCACUGAGGAGCGUCGCCUCAUCAUGUGACAAGCCCAACUGGACAGAGACAGGUCUACGGGACAAGUCAACAUCUGUGUCCCAGCUAGUUGCCAGGUAUCAAACUACAGUGAAAGUCAGCACAUCUGUUCAAGACAUCUCUGUAAAUAAUGGUGAAGCAAAGCCAAAGCAGGUGUUAAAAGAGAUAACACCAUCUCCUCUGGAGAGUAAAGAGACUCGCCUGAAGUCUCUGAUGAGGAAAAAUGAAUUGAGAGAACAGUCUUGGGACAAACCCAGUUUGACCCGCAGUAAGUCAAUGGGGAGCCUUCAAAGCAGCGCCGGGUCCAUUGGGGCCCUGAAGGCCCUGUUUGAGUCAAAGGCAGCCACACAAAACAAGGUGAAGAGCAGUUCCAGAGCUGUGAGUUUCUCUCUACCAAACAAGACAGCAGGCAUCAUGCCAGCAGUGAAUGGAGAGGUUGAAGAAGUGAAGAGCUCUCGAGAGGAACCAAAGACCCAAAUUCCUGCUGACGCUCCAGUUAAUGCUGCUAAAACUGAUGCAAAAGAUCAUGUGACUCGAAAGGUGGUGAAACAGACCCAGAUGGAGAGGAGAAAAACAGUAGGGGGUAUUGAUUUUGAAACAAUUGCAGCCUCCCAAGCUGAUGAAAAGAGGUCAAUUGCAGAUUUCCAAGACAAGGAGAAACUGAGUGUCUCAGUCAAAGCUAUGUCCGCUCUAUACCUGUCUAAGGUGGUACCUCAGGAUUCAACACGCAGCCUUUUAAAACCGGCACAAGUUCAGUCAUCUGAAUCUGGGAAAAGAACCAAACUAACCAAGUUUCAACCAGCUUGUCAAGAGAUGUGUUCCGCCUGUUUGAAGACGGUUUAUCCGAUGGAAAAAAUUACUGCAGACAAAUACAUUUUUCAUCAAACUUGCUUUUGUUGUAAACAGUGCAAGAAAAAAUUAAGCAUGUACAAUUACGCACCUUUAUACGGAGAAUUCUACUGCAUAUUUCACUACCAACAACUGUUCAGAAGAAAAGGGAAUUACGAUGAGGGCUUUGGACACGCUCAACACAAGAACCGAUGGCUGCCGAGGAACACUGCUGACGUGGUGUCCAAUGAGACUGAGUCUGAGGCAUAAAUACAAUCUGAUUUCGAUGGUGACUGUGGCAACAAAUGUAAAGAUGUGUUUGAGCCACCAUGCAAUGGCCAACUGCUCUCCAAAUUUAACAAUGUGUUUGUAUACUUGUAAUGAUUAUUAGUGUGUUCAAACAUAACCCUCAACCUAAUUGCAAUAAUGG